UGCUAGAGGGAGCGAGGCCGCUUGAGCCGCCGGCGGUUCGUAUUACCGGGGUCGGGAGGAGGAGUAGGGCCGGGCCAGCGGACGAACGUGGGACGUGCGGAAGGCGCUGAGGCAUCUGAGGGUGCCCGGCCGCAAGGAGGCAGGCGGGAGGCCAGGGGUGCAGAAUUGGGGCGGUGGGCUCCCUCUACCCGCUCAGCCCUCCGCCCGGGCCUCGGUGGCCAGGCCUCACGUGCCCGCAGGCCUGGGGAGGUGGAGACGCCAGGAGCGGGGGUUCGCGCGGAGGCCUUCACGGCGCGGCCAGGUGAUGGUGGGUCUCUGUGUUUCUCCUGACGAAAGGGGACCCCCUAAGCGGCCGUCCCCCUGGGCUGCCCCCGCCAGGCGUUUUGACAUCGGCCUUAGGGAAGUCGGGGAGCCCUGAGCCUGCCUGUCUCCGUUAAGUGCCCUUAGGAUGCAGUGAUUAAGGAAUUAGGCUCUCCCUCCGGGAGGGGCACUGCCUGUGCGUGUGAACUCGUGUGCAGAGAAACGGGACAGGAUGAUGCUGUCCGAGCAAGCCCAAAAGUGGUUUCCAACCCACGUGCAGGUCACAGUGCUCCAAGCCAAAGAUCUAAAGCCAAAAGGCAAAAGUGGCACCAAUGACACAUACACUAUAAUUCAGUUGGGCAAGGAAAAGUACUCCACCUCGGUAGCUGAGAAAACCCUUGAGCCAGUCUGGAAGGAGGAGGCCUCUUUUGAGCUACCUGGAUUGCUAAUGCAGGGGAAUCCAGAGAAAUACAUUCUUUUCCUUAUAGUCAUGCACAGGUCUCUGGUGGGUCUGGAUAAAUUUUUAGGGCAGGUGGCAAUCAAUCUCAAUGACAUCUUUGAGGACAAACAAAGAAGGAAAACAGAGUGGUUUAGAUUAGAAUCCAAACAAGGAAAACGAAUCAAAAACAGGGGUGAGAUAAAGGUCAAUAUUCAAUUUAUGAGGAACAAUAUGACUGCAAGUAUGUUUGACUUAUCAAUAAAGGACAAAACCAGAUCUCCUUUUGCAAAGUUAAAAGAUAAGAUGAAAGGUAGAAAAAAUGAUGGAACAUUUUCUGAUACGUCUUCUGCAAUCAUUCCAAGUACUCACAUGCCCGACGCCAAUACUGAAUUUUCAACUGGUGAAAUACAGAUGAAAUCCAAACCAAAAAAGCCUUUUCUUUUGGGUCCUCAGCGACUCUCAUCAGCGCAUUCAAUGUCUGAUUUAUCUGGGUCCCACAUGUCUUCUGAGAAGCUGAAGGCUGGCACCAUAGGUCAAACACAUCUUCUCAGACACCAGUUAGAUUCCUUUGGAGCAGUUCCAGAAAGUGGAAGUCUCAAAUCUCCACACAGAAGAACAUUAAGCUUUGAUACUUCUAAAAUGAACCAACCUGACAGCAUUGUGGAUGAAGGUGAAUUGUGUUUCAGAGGACAAAAUGACCCAUUUACGAAUGUGACUGCUUCAUUACCCCAAAAAUUUGCAACACUGCCAAGGAAGAAAAAUCCAUUUGAAGAAAGCAGUGAAACAUGGGACAGCAGCAUGAGUUUAUUUUCAAAACCAAUCGAAAUAAGAAAAGAAAAUAAAAGAGAGAAAAGGGAGAAAGUUAGCCUGUUUGAAAGAGUUACUGGAAAAAAAGAUAGCAGAAGAUCUGAUAAACUAAACAAUGGGGGAUCUGAUAGCCCUUGUGACUUGAAAUCACCUAAUGCAUUUAGUGAAAAUCGCCAGGACUAUUUUGAUUAUGAGUCAACCAAUCCAUUUACAGCAAAAUUCAGGGCUUCCAAUAUAAUGCCAUCUUCAAGUUUUCAUAUGAAUCCGACAAGCAAUGAAGACCUCAGGAAAAUCCCGCAACCCCUUUGAUGCCACUGCAGGAUAUCGUAGUCUGACCUAUGAAGAGGUUCUGCAGGAGCUGGUGAAACACAAAGAACUCCUUAGGA